GUGUGUGUGUGUGUGUGUGUGUGUGUGUGUGUGGUAGUGUGUGUAUGGUAGUGUGUGUGUGGUAGUGUGUGUAUGGUAGUGGUAGUGUGUGUGUGGGGGAAGGCUUGUUAGCGAGAUAAACAAGCAGCCAGCAGCACAGAGCAGUCGGAGGAACAUGGCGGCAGCACAGUCAGCUAGCAGUAUGUCUGUUUCCCCUCAACGGAAGGUCAGACCGGGUUUAACACACGGGAUUUAACACAACACAAGCGACGGAAAGUUACACGUCACGCUGAUAUGCAGUGAGGAUGAGUGGCGUCGUUGAAAACCUCUCGGACCCUGCUGCCAGGGCCGAGUCACGGAAACGCAAAGAAUGUUCCUCUGACCUACUGGGUCCCAGCCUCAAACGAAGCAUUGAGAAGAGAAACCGUGAGCAUGAGAACAAGUACACCGAGGAGCUGGCAGAGCUGAUCUUCGCCAACCUCAACGACAUCGAUAACUUCAACGUCAAGCCUGACAAAUGUGCUGUCCUGAAGGAGACUGUCAAACAGAUACGACAGAUCAAGGAGCAAGAGAAAGCAGCAGCAGCCAAUGAGGAGGAGGUACAGAAGGCGGAUAUCUCAUCAACGGGCCAAUCAGUCAUCGACAAGGAGGCUCUCGGACCAAUGAUGCUGGAGGCCCUGGACGGGUUCUUCUUCGUGGUGAAUAUGGAGGGUAACAUUGUGUUUGUGUCAGAGAACGUGACCCAGUACCUGCUGUAUAACCAGGAGGAGCUGAUGAACACCAGCAUCUACAGUGUCCUGCACGUAGGAGACCACGCUGAGUUCAUCAAGAACCUGCUGCCCAAGAGCCUGGUGAACGGUGUGCCGUGGUCCAGUGAAGGUCCCAGGAGGAACAGCCACACAUUUAACUGUCGUAUGCUGGUCAACCCUCACAGUGACAACAGGGACGAGACCAUCAACCCUCACAGUGACAACAGGGACGAGACCAACGACCAUGAGGGACAGAAACAGAAAUACGAAGCCAUGCAGUGUUUCGCUGUCUCCGAACCCAAGAGCAUCAAGGAGGAGGCAGAAGACUUCCAGUCAUGUCUGAUUUGUGUGGCUCGCAGGAUGCCCAUAAAGGCGGGGCCAAUUCUUCCCGCGCACGAGAGCUUCACCACCCGCCAGGACCUGCAAGGUAAGAUCACGUCACUAGACACCAGUCUUCUGAGAGCCUCUAUGAAGCCUGGCUGGGAAGACCUGGUGAGGACAAGUAUCCAGAGGUUUCACCUACAGAACGACGGAGAGAUGUCCUUCGCCAAGAGACACCAACAAGAGGUGUUGCAUCACGGCCAGGCAUUCAGCCCCAUCUACAGGUUCUCUCUGUCAGACGGGACCAUCGUGUCGGCUCACACCAAGAGCAAGCUGGUCCGCUCCCCUGCCACCAACGAACCCCAGCUCUACAUGUCUCUACACCUGCUACAGAGGGAGCAAUCAAGGUCUGAUCUGGGCCCGGGUCAAGACAUGGGGCCCGGUGGACAGGGGCCAGGGAUCAGCCCCAACCCCUCCAUAACCCCUCCAACCCAGGGGACCCUCUCUGGUUUGGGCCCCCAGGGACAGGACACUACAAUCAGCUCCAACAGCACGUUCUGUUCCCCUCCUCAUGGAAGUCCAGGGUCCAGAGAACCAGGGCUCGGAGCCAUGGGGCCAGGGUCCAGGGAACCAGGGCUCGAACCCAUGGGGCCAGGGUCCAGAGAACCAGGGCUCGAACCCAUGGGGCCAGGGUCGGAACACAUACAGGACUACCACUACGGCUGCCCCCCCCAGCCCAUGGGCCACUCCGGAGGGUUACAGGGAGGCAUGAACCUCCCCAUCCACCCUAACCAGCAAGGGGCUAACUGGAGGAUGAGCAGCCCGUCUCGAAGCAGCCCUAGCCCAGCUGGAGGGCCCCAUCUGGGGCAACAGAUUUCUAUGUUGUCCCCUAGGCACAGGGCGAGUCCAGGGAUGGCAGGGAGCCCUCGCGUGGCCCCAAGCCUGCACUCGCCCUCGCCUGUGGGGAUGUGUGGGUCUGGAACAGGGGUUGCAGAAGGAGGUAGCGGUCCUGCGGCUAACAGUCAUGCUAACAGCCAUGCUAACAGCCAAGCUAACAGCCAAGCUAACAGUCAUGCUAACAGCCAUGCUAACAGUCAUGCUAACAGCCAUGCUAACAGUCAUGCUAACAGCCAUGCUAACAGUCAUGCUAACAGUCAUGCUAACAGCCAUGCUAACAGCCAUGCUAACAGCCAUGCUAACAGCCACAGCUACGGCAGUAGUUCUCUGUCGGCCCUGCAGGCUCUGAGUGAGUGUCACGGGGUCAGACAAGGCAGUGGUGAACACACACACCCUCACGGCGCAGGGGGCCAGCAUCCUCAAACACACGCCCUGGGAUCACCUGACAGGAAGACGAUGGGAUCGCCCGCUGGGAUGGCGUUGGGAUCAGGAGUCCACCCUCACACGAUGUCGAAGCUUGGCGGCGGUAAUGGAAAUGGGGACUCAUUGGGCGGAGAGCAGGAACAUGGUCUGGGUGGACAGUAUAACCAGAGACAUACAGACGGGAACGGUACCCACGGUAACCACGCUGACAUCACAGAGGAGAGGGAUGGUCUCGACGGUGGCCCCGACGCACAGAGCCGUAGACAACGCUGUGACAACAAGGGCCACACCAAACUCCUCCAGCUUCUCACCACCAAGUCCCAACCCCUCGACACCCCUUUGUCCCCCAACGGAGGAGGGGACCCCAAGGACCCCUCGUCAGGCCCUUACGCUCCAGGGGCCCCAGGGGGCCACGCCACCUCCCUAAAGGAUAAACACAAGAUACUUCACAGGCUGCUCCAGAACAGCACCUCUCCUGUGGACCUGGCCAAGCUCACCGCUGAGGCCACGGGCAGGGAGCUGGUGGAGCAAGGUGGGUGUGGUAACAGACAGACAGGACACGGUACGGACGGGAAUCUCACACCCAAACAGGAGCCCCUGAGUCCCAAUAAGAAGGACAACGCCCUGCUGAGGUAUCUGAUGGAAAAAGAGGAGGGUGGGAUGAAGGCGAGGCAGGCGAAGACGGAGAAACAGGAUUCAGGAUACGACCGCGCUGAACAGUCUUCAGAGUUGGAUGAAAUCCUCGAUGAGCUGCAGUGUGUCCAGCCCUCCUCCCUCCCCUCCUCCCUGGACAAACAGACCAUCAUCAACGACAUACUGCACAUCACCCAGGAAACCAGCCCUGGCAACCCCAACGCCAUGGCAACACAGCAGCAGCAGAGGGGCAUGCAGCGAGGCAUGGGGCCAGGCAACUACGGAUGUCCGGGGGGCCAGGGUCCAGGUAGGGGUUUGCCUUUGAGGAGUGUAUCCCUGGAUAUGAACAUGUCAGGGGUCCGGCCCCCACAGGGCCAGUAUCCUCCAAUGAGGACCCCCAGCCCCUACACACUACAGCAGCAGCAAGGCAUCUUGGGAAACCACUCCGCCAUGAUGUCCAACCAGGCCAACCUCGCAGGUCUAGUGAGUGGUCCUCGGCAGGGCAUGCAGCACCAGCAGGAGGAGGGGGGUUGGGGUCCCGUGGGCCCGGGUCAGAGCGGUUCAGCCUCGGUCCCUCCUCCUGGGGCCCCAGGUCAGCAGGGGACGAUGCACAGCCGCAUGGGGCCCAACCCUGGAGGCGCCGGGGGCCUCAUGAGACCCAGCAGUCUACCAGGACCUGCACCCAGGCAGACGCUGGCCAACGAGAUGGGCAUGCGGGCCCACCAGUUCUCCCAGCAACAGGCUCCACCCAAUCAGACGGCUCCAUGGCCAGACAGCAUGAUACCUAUUGAGGCCUUCAACCAGAACAGAUCUGUGUAUGCCCCCCAGCAGGAGGAGGAGGUGUUGUGUGGGGGUCCGGGGCCCGGGGGCCAGGGGACUGGGGGUCCUGGUGGGGGGGGUUCUAGUGACGAGGGGGCUCUCAUGUCACAGCUCUACACAGUGCUGAAGGACUUUGAUGGCCUGGAGGAGAUAGACAGAGCCCUGGGGAUACCUACUCUGAUGGGACAGGGUCAGUCUGUAGAUCAGGACCAGUUCUCUUCAGACCCGUCCAUGUUGCUGGACCAGAAGCCUCCAGUGUACGGCCAGCAGGACCCCCCACCCGGUUCCCAUCUCACCCAGAGAGGAUACCACGACCCUGGGUCCAGCAGACCCAUGCAGGAACCCCCACCAGGCUCCCAUCUAGCCCAGAGAGGAUACCACGACCCUGGGUCCGGCAGACCCAUGCAGGACCCCACAGGGCAAGGCUUCCACCCUAUGGCUGGCCAGAUGAGCCCCACACCAGGAUACCCCAUCAUGAGGAUGCAGCAACGACCGGGGCUGAGGCCCCAAGGGGUGGUUCCUAACCAGCCUAAUACACUGAGGUUACAGCUGCAGCACCGGCUACAGAACCGCCAGCCAAUGAUGAUCCAGAUGAGUGGAGUGUCCAAUAUGAACCAAACUUUACAGUCCAACAACCCCAACCAGGGGACCAUCAAUGCUCAGAUGUUAGCCCAGCGUCAACGGGAGCUGCUCAGUAACCACCUCAGACAGCGCCAGCUGGAGCACCAGAGACAACAACAACAACAACAACAACAGAGGAACAUGGUGAUGAGAGCCCAGGGACUCAACCUACCUCCCAAUAUGGCCGCCGCCAACAUGUCUGCUGCAAGUGGCCAAUCAGGAGGGCUGAGUAACCCCCGGAUCCCCCAGACCACCAACCCUCAGCAGUUCCCCUUCCCACCCAGCUACGGUAUGUCCCAGCAGCCUGACGGAGGGUUUGGAGGACCCACCACGCCCCAGAGUCCCCUGCUGUCCCCAGGAUGGCCACGCCCAGUCUCCCAUAAUGCAACAGCAGAGCCAGGGCAAUGCCGCAUUCCAGGGCUUGCCUGACAUAAACGGUUGGC